AAUACCUUUCUUCUAUCACUCCAAACUAAAAAUCCCUUUUCUUCUAAAAAUUUUGAGCGGAACGAACAAAGGAGAUGAAGAGUGGCAUUAACGAAAAUUGAUCUCCUUGCUAAUACACCAACACCACCAAUCUUCUUACUCUACAGCCAUCUUCUUCUUCUUCAACUUGCGCUCUCAGACCUUCGCCAAUCUCCCGAAGAUGAUCGGCGGGUUCUCUGCUACGGCAACCCUCUUCGUCGCUUUCUUCCUUAUUUCCUCCGUCCACGCCUUUUACCUCCCCGGUGUCGCCCCGCGUGACUUCCAGCGGGGCAACCUCCUUAAUGUGAAAGUGAACAAGUUGUCAUCUACAAAAACACAACUCCCAUAUGACUACUACUUUUUGAAGUACUGUAAGCCUCCAAAGAUUGAGAAUAGUGCCGAAAACUUGGGGGAGGUCCUUAGAGGGGACCGCAUUGAAAAUUCAAUGUACAGUUUUGAAAUGAUGGUAGAUCAAUCCUGCAAAAUAGCUUGUCGGGCAACACUGGAUGCUGAAGCGGCAAAGAAUUUUAAGGAAAAGAUCGAUGAUGAGUAUCGGGUUAACAUGAUACUGGAUAAUCUUCCUGUUGCUGUCCUAAGACAGAGGAGGGAUGGUGGUCAGUCAACUACUUACGAACAUGGUUUCCGAGUUGGGUUCAAAGGAAAUUAUGCAGGGAGUAAAGAGGAGAAAUAUUUCAUCAAUAAUCACUUGGUGUAUAGAGUUAUGUAUCACAAGGAUCCUGAAUCUGAAUCCGCCCGAAUUGUUGGGUUCGAAGUUACUCCAAACAGCAUCAAUCAUGAAUACAAGGAAUGGAAUGAGCAGAACACUCAGUUGACUACCUGCAACAAGGAUACCAAAAAGCUAAUUCAAGGUAGCAUUGUCCCUCAAGAAGUUGAUACGAGCAAAGAGGUGGUGUUCACGUACGAUGUGAUCUUCCAGGAAAGCGAUGUCAAGUGGGCUUCACGAUGGGACACUUACCUCCUGAUGAAUGACGAUCAAAUCCACUGGUUCUCUAUCAUCAACUCGUUGAUGAUUGUCCUCUUCCUUUCUGGAAUGGUAGCCAUGAUCAUGAUGAGAACUCUGUACAGAGACAUUGCAAACUACAACCAGUUGGAAACACAGGAUGAGGCCCAGGAGGAAACGGGGUGGAAGCUCGUCCAUGGGGAUGUAUUCAGGGCACCGGUGAAUGCUGGUUUACUCUGUGUUUAUCUCGGUACAGGUGUCCAGAUCUUUGGUAUGACUUUGGUCACUAUGAUAUUCGCAUUACUUGGCUUUCUCUCUCCCUCCAAUCGAGGUGGCCUUAUGACUGCAAUGGUACUCUUGUGGGUCUUCAUGGGGAUAUUCGCUGGAUAUUCCUCGGCACGUCUCUACAAAAUGUUCAAGGGCACAGAGUGGAAGAGAAACACCCUGAAAACCGCAUUCAUGUUCCCGGGUAUUCUCUUUGCUGUAUUCUUUGUCCUGAAUGCUCUCAUUUGGGGAGAGAAGUCUUCAGGUGCAGUCCCUUUCGGAACCAUGUUUGCUCUGGUUUGCUUAUGGUUUGGUAUCUCUGUCCCACUUGUUUUCGUCGGUAGUUACUUGGGUUACAAGAAACCAGCUGUCGAAGAUCCUGUCAAAACGAACAAGAUCCCGAGGCAGGUCCCAGAGCAAGCAUGGUACAUGAAGCCUGUCUUCUCCAUCCUCAUUGGCGGCAUUCUCCCAUUUGGUGCUGUCUUCAUCGAGCUCUUCUUCAUCUUGACCUCGAUCUGGCUGAACCAGUUCUACUACAUCUUUGGCUUCCUCUUCAUAGUGUUUGUCAUCUUGUUGAUCACCUGUGCUGAGAUAACGAUCGUGUUAUGCUACUUCCAACUGUGUAGUGAGGACUACCACUGGUGGUGGAGGUCCUAUCUCACUGCUGGUUCUUCUGCUGUUUACCUUUUCCUAUACUCCAUCUUCUACUUCUUCACCAAGUUGGAGAUCUCAAAGUUCGUCUCAGGGGUCCUCUACUUCGGGUAUAUGGUGAUCAUUUCGUAUGCGUUCUUCGUCUUGACUGGAACUAUAGGGUUCUAUGCCUGCUUCUGGUUUGUUAGGAAGAUAUACUCGUCUGUGAAAAUUGACUGAUGGAAGAAGAAUGCACAUUAUGUUCCAAGUUCAAAACCAUGCAGCUGAGCUAAUCUUAGUCCAGUUUUGUGUUUUGCUGAGGCUUGAUGCUUGCUUGCACCAGAAGAAAGCUGGCGACCUUUACACGGGUGUUUUGGUCCUUCGAUGUUCCUGCUGCUGCCGAUAGAUUUAGCGGCCUUGGCUUGCUGUUCUUUCCUUCUACUUAUUAACUUCCAUAUGACAGACUCUUAAUUCCAUGGAUGAAGAUUUGACAGGGUAAUGUAGACCACACGUUGCACUUUGGUGUACCAUUAGAAUGCAAAAGCACAGACAGUUGUAGUUUUUUCUUUUCGUGUUUGUAAUAGCAAAACUUGGUUUUCUAUGGAUUGGAGCCAGUAUCCUAUUUUUGAGUGUUGUAAAACCCAGUUUCUUAUUUCUAACUUGCCAACUCGAUGGCCUGGAAAUUGCUUAUUAAUUUGAAUAUUUGAUUAUUGGCAGCAUAGUCGUGACAUCACAGGAUAGUAAU